CAGAACACAGUUUAUCCUAUUUACCUUAAAAGAAAUUAAAUUUUUGGAAUGCAAUUUUCGUGGAAAUACAAGUAAUUUAAUACAUUACCCAGUGUACUCUGAAGAUAUGUUAAUGAAAUAUAUGAAUAUAACUAACAGUAUUCAUACAUUGUCAAUUCUAAGCAGGUGGAUUUCCGUGAUCUGUAUGUAAAGUAGAUUCAGAACAUCUUUGAUAUUAUCAUACGCAGUGGCAUAAGUAAUCAAUCAACAGGUACAUGUGAGUUUGACAUAUUUGAAAUUGAACCACGGGUAAUAUGGGGGAAUGGUAUGAUUCGGUCCAAUUACAGCCAUUUGAGCACCAGGUCAGUGGACAUACAGGGAUCUUCCGGUUUGACGACCAGACUUUGUGUAAGCCACUUGCAGUCAGGGAAUACAACUUCUACCUCACCAUGCCUCCAAAUCAAAAACAAUUUACGGCAGAGUUCAGAGAAACUAUAGAGGGAGAGGUUUGUGAAGAUUGUGAAGGUCACGUGACGAUCCUUUGUCAUCGCCCUUUGUUCAAGUCACCAAGUCAUGAGAAAGCCAGACUAAACCAAGAGAAAAUUGCAGAAAAGGAGAGUCUUCGUAGUUUGCAGCAUUCAUUGAACGGUCAAGAUAAAAAGAAACCUCAGACAGACCCAGCAGAAAAUCUUGACCCCAUCUACGAUCUCAGACCAGAAAAGCUCAACCCUUGGAUUCCACGUUGUCACAAGAAGAUGUUGAAAAAACUGAGGAAGUCUAAUCAGAACCCGGACCUACACUGUAAGUUUAUCUUGUUGGAGAACGUGGCAGCUCAAUUCUGUCACCCGAGUAUUCUGGACCUGAAGAUGGGAACCAGGCAACACGGAGAUGACGUCUCUCCGGAAAAGAAAAAGAGAUUCAUGAAGAAAUGCCAGAACACGACCUCCAGCAGUCUCGGAGUCAGGGUCGGUGGAAUGCGGGUUUACCAAGCAAACUCUGAUAAGUACAUAUGUGUCAACAAACGUUACUGCCUAGGUUUGAAGGUCGAUGGUUUUACACAAACCAUGCACCAGUUUCUCCACAAUGGGUUUGAGCUAAGGAAGGACCUGCUUGACCCAAUUAUUGAAAAACUCCGAGACCUUUACCGACACAUCCAAACACUUGACACGUAUCGUUUUUACGGCAGUUCUCUCCUGAUUUUGUAUGACCAGCGUUCUGAAGUAGAGGACCGAAAGACGAAUUCGAGAUCGGUCAAGGUGCAUGCGCAGAACAGCCAUGUUGAAAUUCGAAUGAUUGAUUUUAGCCACUGCACCAAGAGUGGAUUUCUGGACGACGCCAUUGUCUAUAAUGGCCCUGACGAUGGCUACCUUCUAGGGCUGACGAGCUUAAUCAAAGUUUUUACUGACAUGAAAUGAACAGUUUUUGUAUAUUUAUAUUAUUAAAAUAUAUGGUGCUGAAGGAAA